AUUAAAAUGAAAAUCAAUUGUCAUCAAAAACUGAUUGUUAAAUUAUCAUUUUAUGAAACACAAUAAUUCUUAUAAUUAUCAUGUGCAUUUAUUUUGUUUAAUUGUAAUUCUAUUCAACAAAAUUAUCAAUGUUCAAUCAUUUGGGUAUAAUCCUAGUAAUCAACAAAAACCUGAUACUACGCCUAAUCCAUUCGAUACACCAGAGAAUGCUGGAAAAAUACCAAAAAUAUUCUAUCUUAAAUCGGAUGACAAUAUAUGUUUAAUUAUGAAAGCUGACAUGAGAUUGAUUAUUCCAUUGAAAGGAUCAAGGAAAAAUAUCACAUCAUAUUUGAAUUCUACAACUAAAAAUAUAAAAUUCACUGGAUAUUGUCAUACUACUAUAACUAAUUUAGAAGUGGAAUGGACAGAGCCAGGUCAAACAAAUCCAUGGAUGUUAACAUUUUUUUUCAAAUUAUAUUCCAAUGAAUAUUAUUCACUUGAUACAACUAGCUUUGCUUAUGAAUUGAAUGAUGUGAGUAUUCAUUCAUCUUCAAAAGAUGAAGUAUUUUCUGUUCGAAAAGAUCAAUAUUACAAUUGUACUAAAUCACAAAAAAUUGAACUUCAUCCAUUGGAUAGAAAUUAUAGUACGGUACGUUUAGUAUUCAAAAGUCUUGAGGUAGAAGCUUUUCGAGAAAGUCCUCAAACUGGUUACAUUGGUACAGAAUCACAGUGCUCCAGUGAAGAAGAUGAAAGUUUAACAUAUAUUAUUGUCAGUAUAUCUAUCUUUACUAUGACUGUUGUUAUGAUAUUUGUUUUAUGCUUAAGCAAUGAUGAAAGUCUGAUAGUUGGAGCUGCUCAUUAUAGAUAAUACAAUGUAUUUUAAAUCAUUGUUUAACUUUUCCAAUAAUAUAAACCUAUUCCGUUUGUUCAAUCAAUUUAUUUAUUUUUUCAUAAACUAUAUGUUAUCAGUUGAUAUUUAGAAGCAUACGUUGUUUUUACUAGCUCAACAUUCAUAUUCAGUAUCUUUCGUUUACCAACCUUUAUAAAUAUACAUUUUUUCAAAUGUUCCAACCUAAUCAGUUCAUAUGCAUAGUCAAUGUUUGAAUUUAUAUAUUUUUUGAUAACAUGUAUAUCAGUUUAAAUCAAUCUGUAGAACAUCUCGAAAUUG